UUUUGCAUUAAUCAAUGUAUUAUUGACAAUUGUCCCAGAUAUUACACAGCCCCGUUCAUCAUCCUACUAAUACACGGAUAUUGUGAACGAUUCGUUGGAUUGUUUGUUAUUAUAUAUUAACGACUGUAGGUGACACCAGAAUAUUAUAACUCCAUCAAACAGGAUGACGUCAGAAAACUGUAACUUUUUUCAAGCCGGUGCAACAAAGGAAAAAACCAGUGGUCACUCCCAUGACCAUUCCCAUUCCCACUCCCAUGAACACGAACACGGCCAUACCCACGAAGUUUUAGAUGACCCUGGUAGUUUUAUAGAUAGAGAUAAACCACUUUACAGAACAGACUGGGAUCAGAGAGCUUUUACUGUGGGUAUUGGUGGUCCAGUGGGAUCAGGUAAAACAGCCCUAGUAUUAGCUUUAUGUAAAUACCUGAGAGAUUCUCGUGGUGUAUGUGUUGUAACCAAUGACAUCUUUACCAGAGAAGACUGGGAGUUUUUAGUGAGAAAUGAAGCACUACCAGAAUGUCGUAUGAAAGCAGUUGAAACCGGAGGGUGUCCCCAUGCCGCCAUUAGAGAAGAUUAUUCAUUAAAUAUGGAAGAGGUAAAAGAUCUGACUGUAAAAUACAAACCAGAUAUAGUGUUUAUUGAAUCAGGGGGAGAUAAUUUAGCAGCUAAUUUUAGUCGAGAGUUGGCUGAUUAUAUAAUAUAUGUUAUAGAUGUUGCAGGUGGUGAUAAAAUACCACGUAAAGGAGGACCAGGUAUAACACAGAGUGAUUUACUAGUUAUAAACAAAACAGAUUUAGCUGAGGCUGUUGGUGCUGAUCUGAAGGUUAUGGAAAGAGAUGCAGCUCUGAUGAGACAAAAAGGACCAACAAUAUUCUCUCAAGCCAAGCACAAUAUCGGAAUCAAAGAAAUAGCUGCCAGUAUAUUAUUAGCUUUUGAAUAUCAAACCCAGUUUACAAAUUAACAAACAUAAAGACCUCUAAAACUAAAGA